AUGACGAUUUUUCACAAGGGUUUCUCCACAAAUGUCAUAGAUCCCAUCUCCAGAAUCACAGAGAGAGAGUCUUUGUCUUAG